AGUUGACGAUAUCAAAAGUUACCGCUUAUUCGAAUGCGUAUACUUUUGUCAACGAUCUGUUAUCACUGAUAUUAGAACACAUUACCCUCGCUUACAUUUUUUCGUCCGUUUGUUUUAGGGUCUGCGCAUAAAUAAGUAAUUAAGUUUUAUUCUGAUUCAUGCCAGGGUGUUUGCUGGUCAAACUGGGUGAGAUGUAUCUGUAGGUACACCACCAGAUUUUUCGCCACUGCCACUUGCAAAGAUCGAAUAUAAGCAGGCUUCAGCUUAGGCGAUUGAGGAUAGUAAUACAAAUACCUGCUGGGUACCUACCUAAGGUGAACUGUGAAGGUGUCAGAAAUGUUUGAAAAGAUUUUGUCGGUCAAGCCAGAAGGAACAUCAAUAUUGAUCAUCGAUGCAGGUGACGGCAGCUACAGGCACCUGCUCUCCAGCUAUGUACAGCAUCGACAGCAGCAGCAGGUGUCGGUCAGCUGGGUGCCGUGUGGACAGAGUGCAGAUGAGCUGCCAGGCACCUCUGGGUCCUCUGCCGGCCCGAUUGAGCAGUCAGACUCAUCUGACCAAGACUGGGAGACUGCGGAGGACAUAGGUCGGCAGCUGGAGGCCGCUCUGCCGCUGCCCGGCCCUCCGGCCCGUCUCCUGGUCGUCCGGGAUGCCUCCCGCCUGCUGCACUGGCUCGGACCGACUGCGCUCUGCCGGCUAAUACGGCGCAGCUGCGACAGAGGCCACCAGGUGGUGCUGGGAGUACUGGAGGAGGCCGUCCCGGAGGAGCACCUCUCCCAGCUGCGUCACUACUCUACACACGUGCUGAGCGUGGAGGGCGCCGGCCGGGAGCUCACUGUCAGCGGCACGUACCGCUUCAAGGCCGGCAAGGUGGAGACGGCGACGGAGCGGGUCAGUCUGAGCGCCGAUCUGGUGGUGACCCGUGUGGAGCCGGCGCGGCCCGUGCCGGCGGUCCCGGCGGCGGCCCGGGCCGCUCCGGCCGCUCCUCUGGCGCCCGGUCUGACCACCUUCAGCCUGCAGCUGUCCGAGACGGAGAAACAGAGCCGCGACCGGCUGGUGCUGCCCUACCUCAGGCCGGAGCAGGGCGGCGGGGACAGCGGGCCGGGCACCGGGCAGAUUUUCUACCAGCCCGACGCCGCGGACGACUGGGACGAGGAGGAUCCCGACGACGACCUCGACAUCUGAGCCCCGGUACCGUCCUACAGGGGGCGGGUGCUGCGUGGGAAACCGGCCUCACUGGGCCAAAUGUUAUGUGGCCUGAUCCGCAAUACAAUAUCGACAUUUGUUA